AUGUCGUCUUUAAAUCAAGAAGUUCAAAUGUUACACCAUGAAGUUGCCAAUGGAAUGCAACUUUUUCCGCCUCCUAUAAACAAUCCUAAAGAUUUUGAAGAUACUGUUAAGUCAUUUAAACCAAAGCCGUCUCGCAGAAAAGUUCACAUAAUGUCUCUCACGCUAUUAAAUUUUUUUAUCAAGAAGCAAGCUCAAAGGAUAUACAAAAAGUGCGUUGUAGAUAAGGUUGUAAGAGAGUUAUGGAAUUCUACAACUGCAAACAAUAAAAUUAUAUAUAAAGAACUAUGUAAACAAAUAAAUUCAAGGAUUAAUAGUAGAAUUGGAGGUUGA